AUGGGAUCAGCCAAUGGACUUGUAGAAGAGACAGACCCAAAUUUAAUGGAGUAUGCUCUAAAAAAAAGCCUGAUAUCAAGGAACAAGUUGGCAAUUAUUCUAAGGGGUAGCAAUGGUCAGUGUCAGUACUGUUGUGUGGAAUGCCCAGCCAGAUAUGAAGAGAAAGAAAAACUUGAACUGCAUUUAUGUAUGCAUCACAAGGAGUACAGGUUCCUGUGUGGAAUAUGUGGUACUGGAUUAAAGCGCAAAGAGCAUCUAGACAGGCACACAAUGGAACAUCAGCAAGUGAGGCCUCAUGUAUGCCAGACAUGUGGUAAAGGGUUUAAACGCAAAGAACACUUGAACAUACAUCAGAGUAUUCACAAGGAGGACAAGACACAAGUUUGCUCAUUGUGUGAUAGAUCAUUCCAUCGCAAAGACCACUUGCAGAAACAUCUGCAGACACACAGCAAGUUGUUCCUGGAACAGAACAUGUACCCUGUGGCAGAACAAGAGUUGUUGGAAAUCAAAUGUGAAAUCAUGGACGAAUAUGAGAAGCUGGACGCCUCAGUUGAUGAGAUGGAAUGUGCAAGUGAGGACUUGGACUCUAGCGAUGCGUUUUCGGAGUCUGCAGACGUAAAAACUCCGGACGCGUACAACGACAAACCGUACGUCUGUGAAAUAUGCUCAAAGUCAUACAAGAGGAAAGACCAUCUCAAAAUUCACAGCUGGACACAUUUGACGAAGGACAAAAUAUGCACCGAAUGCGGGAAAGGUUUCCACCAGGAGGAUCAUUUGAGAGCGCACAUGCGAGUCUGUAUUCAAGUCCACAUGAAACAGUACCAAGGUAACCAGACAGAAGAGGGGAUGGUCGGCUCCGAGGAAUACGAUCCAAUGUUAGCGCAAGAUCUCUUAGUGGAACGGCGUUCUUUCCAAGAUCUCCACCUGCGACCGCACGAGUGCCCUAUUUGUCAUCGGCGGUUCAAACGGAAGCAGCACCUCAAAGUGCACGCCAAAGUGCACUUGAACGCCAAGAAGAUGGACCACUCCAUCUGGUGCUCCAUGUGCGGUCAAGAGUUCAAGUCAAACGGCGAGUUCGAAGGGCACGAAUGCCCGUACAGUGGUAACCAGAAUGGACCAACAAAUGAAGACGAGCUGGCCCAUUCUACGGACGCACCUCAGGAAGCUAAGAAAGAAAACAACAAGCCAACACAGCCUUCUAUGCCAACAGAGACGAUUGAGUCAGUGGACGGUGCUUCGUACCUGAUGGUUCAUGACGAGAGGGACAUUCCGGUCCCGCAACGCGUGUACGUGUGCCGAUACUGUUCUAAGCCGUUCAAGCGCAAGGAUCACUACAAGAUACACCUCCAUAUACAUACGGGAGUGCGGUCCUUCUUCUGCCAACACUGCGGGAAAGGUUUCUAUCGGAAGGAUCACCUACAGAAGCACGCGCAGAUUCAUGCGCGUGCGCAGCUACAAUCGCGCGCGCCUCCGAAGAAGCAGCUGCCCGGGCUACUGCCGCUUAGUAGCGUGCCCAAGAAGGAAAUCAAACCGGAGAUCACUAUACACGCUCCUUCUAACUCUAAGCUUCGAGUGCCACUGCAGAUCAAAGUGCCCUACCAAGUGGUGCUUUCGAACAGCGACGGCGAACAACGUUCUGUCACCAUAGACCCUCAGAACGGCACCAAACAACACGAAAUAUUCACGUAA